AUGAAACAGAAGUUCAAGCCAAACAUAUUAAUCGUUGACGAUGAAACUAGUAUCUGCGAAUCGCUACAAGAUAUUUUAGAGGAUGAGGGAUACAACGUUGUAACCGCUUAUAGUGGUGAGGCGGGGAUUCGUUGUAUUGCAAGUGAGCAGAUCGACUUAGUGUUUCUGGAUAUUUUAAUGCCCGGCGGCUGUGACGGACUUGAGACACUACGACGAAUUAAGCAAAUAUCCCCCGAUACAGAAGUCAUCAUGAUCACCGGUCACGGCACAUUUGAACUCGCGUUAGAGGCUGGGAGCAUGGGGGCACUCGACUUUUUGGGCAAGCCUCUUUCGCUGGAUAUUAUACUGGAUAAAGUGAAAGAAGUUGUCCAGAAAAUUGAACUCCGACAUACACAAAUAGCAGAGGAAAGAGGCGAUUUUGAACGUCCAAUUAUUGGUACUAGCCGACCGAUGCAAGAAAUCUUAGCAAAAAUUCGGCAGAUUGCCCCGACAAAUGGGCGUGUCCUUAUCACCGGCGAAAGUGGGACUGGGAAAGAAUUGGUUGCCUACGCCGUUCACAACCUCAGCCUACGCGAUAAAGCUGCUUUUGUCAAAGUGAAUUGUGCCGCGAUUCCCAAAGAUCUUAUUGAAUCUGAGCUUUUCGGGCAUGAGCGUGGGGCAUUCACCGGCGCAUCAAGUCGGCGUAUCGGGAAAUUUGAGCAGGCUGAUGAUGGCACAAUCUUUCUCGACGAAAUUGCCGAUAUGAGCCCAUCAACCCAAGCGAAGGUACUUCGUGUCCUUGAGGAACAGGAAUUUGAACGGGUCGGCGGUGGGCAAACCGUUCACGUUGAUGUCCGUGUCAUCUCUGCGACGAACAAAGACUUACAAGAAGAGAUCCAGGGCGACAAUUUCCGUGAAGAUCUCUACUACCGAUUAAAUGUUGUUCCCCUCCACAUCCUGCCUUUGCGAGAACGGGUGACGGAUCUUCCUUUACUUAUUGAUUAUUUUUUGUCUCGAUUCUGCCGAGAGAACCAGAAACCGAAUAUGACGGUACACGAAAACGCGCUGGCGGUUCUGAGCGGAUACAAUUGGCCCGGCAAUGUCCGAGAACUUCGCAAUAUGGUAGAACGACUUGUCAUCUUGUGUCCUCGCGAAACUAUUGAGGCUGACGACUUACCUAUGGAACUCAAUCGUCGCGGCGAUCCGUCUCAGAUCAGCACAGAGACACCACUCAGAGCGGCAAAAAACGAAUUUGAGCAUCAUUUUAUCCGAAACUGCCUUGGAACAAAUGGUUGGAAUAUCACCGAAACUGCUAGACAACUUGGCAUUGAACGCACAAAUUUACAUCGCAAAAUGCGGCAGUAUGAUAUAAAGCGUUAA